GUAACCAACAGGAUCACCAGGUUUAGGUAAGCAAAAAUAAAGGCAACUGCUUGCACUGUUGGAUGAGCACUGUAUCAUUUUACUUUUGUAUUUUAUAUACUUUCAGAUAUUGCAUCUUGUUAAGUGUAUAUUACAUAGCUGGAGCAGGCUAAGACAUUUUAAAUGAUGGCGCAUGGCACAGAACCUGGAACAAUUGCAAGCUGGAUCUGUGAACAGGAACAGAAGAUCGAUUACAUUGCCCUUAGAAGGUACCUUGGAAAGCCAAUUAUCAUUACCCUGUCCAAUGCAACCUAUCAGGGAGACCUGAUUCAUAUUGAUCACAGUCGGUCACUUAUGUUGAGUAAAGUAAAGGAUUUGGCAAGCGGUAAAAGAAAGCCCGGAAUUCACGUGUUCCCUGCAGCAGACAUUAUACGUGUGGAUAUGCGGGUGGAUAAGGAAAAUCAUGCUAUAGCAGAGGCCAGAGAGCAGCAACCUGCAAACAGGGAAAGAGGCCAGGAGGCAGAAGAGAACUUUUCUGAGUCAAAGAUGGAGGAGCUUAUGGCAGCUUUGGAGUGGAGGGACAUCAAAACACCUUCCCAGGAUCCUGAAAUAACCAAAGAAUUUCAACCAAAAAGUAAAGGGAGAGAUGCUAUCCACACCCGCCUGAAGAUCAUAGAAAGAGCAGUUGAGAAGGUGGAUAUUAAUUUUACUGUGAUUGAUCAGCUCCAGGUGACGUGUAACCUUGCAAUCAGCCACCUUCGGUGUCAGACUGACAUUGGUUUGGCUGCUGCUGGAUCCAACUUAUGUCGUCAUGAGAGUCUCUGUUGGCUUCAGGUGGCAAGCAAGAGCCAUGUUUACAUGUUUGAUAUAGCAACCCUGGGACUGAAUGUCUUUAAAUGUGGACUGAAGGGAGUACUGGAGGAUGAAAACAUUGUUAAGGUGAUUCACGACUGCCGUGGGCUUUCAGACUGCCUCUAUCACAAGUAUGGGGUUGAAGUCAGCAAUGUGUUUGACACUCAGGUGGCUGAUAUCUUUCUCUUUCAAAAAGAAACUGGCGGUUUACUUCCUCAGUGCCCAAGCACUUUAGAAGAAUGCUUAACAAAACGACUUAACUUGCCAUCGUCACAGAUCUCUUUCUUAUCACACUCACAGGGAAUUAUGAAGGAUAAUAAUCCACUUUGGUCCUUGUGCAUAAUUCCUCUACCUCUGCAGAAAGCUUUGGUUUUGGAGGCAUCCUAUGUUUUGUCAUUGCGCACUCCCAUGAUAAAUGCCAUGAUGGCCGAUUUUUUUUCUUUGGUCAAUAGUUCUAUCAAGGUGUACACACAAAGCAAUGAGAAUGUACCAAACUGGACCCAGCUAUCCAAAUCCCGGCUUUCUGAAGAUUUUCAAAUGCUGAAAGACCUGCAAGAAAAACGAAGAGAGAAGGCUCUGAAAAAGUAUGCUGCAGGCGAUAAUGGUUUACUGCUUUCGCCUGGAAACCAACAGCAAGUUCCUAAAUGUGGCAAUGGCCCUGAAAAUAAUGAGAAAUCUAUCCUUCCCAUAUCUGACAAGGACAGGUCUGCAGUCUGCACAGAGAGAGCACAAGUCCAAACUGAGCCUGAAAGUCAAGCUCCCCCUGUUGGACAAAUGCAUCCUUCCCCUCCAUGUUUGGCCGCUCUGAAUUUGAGUUCUUUGCGCUUUCCCAUUCUACAAAUACCAAGAACACCGGGGCCCCUUGCUUCCACUGUAAUUCCACAUGUACGCAUGUCAGCUGCCUGGCAUAACUGAUAUUUCCAAAACAUGUUUUGAUAAAACCUCAUAAUAUUUGAGCUAACAGUCUUCUAUAAACACCAGUACCCCAUAAAACCCAUAGAAGCACUUUUUAAAAAAUAUUGAAGCUGUCUUGUUUUUAAAGGUGCAGGAGCUUUCAUGCUCCUCCUACAUGUACAUUCUUUCUUCACCCCUUGGUGAAUUACUAAGGCAAAUGUUGUGCCUGUCAGGUGGCUUCAUGCUUGUCUGGUUAAGUUACUAAGUAGUUUAAACUUCAGCUCAUGGUUGGGUUCAUUUGGGUGUCCUGGGCAGCCUUGCCCAAUGCAGUCCUAGUGCAAUUGGCUAUUUGUCCUAUUAGUUGAGUUCACAUCACGGCACUGCUGAAAAAAUAGGGUAAGCUGCCUUUUUUUUCAACAGUGUGUUGCAAUGCACUACACCACAUUGUAAUGCGCUGCGAUGAAUAAAGAUUAAUGCAGUGAGGUGGAUUUACUAAAGGAAAAUUGAUUGUGCACAGUUGCGCCUCUCCAAUUGCAUUUGCUCUAGAGCUUAGUAAAUGAGGAGAAGCUUGGUUGACUCAAUCCUUCAAUCAUGUGGAAGCAAAAAUGCUUUUUUGUUUCGUUGCAUGUGAUUGUGGGUCGUCGUUGUAAAGUGAAGCUUCAUCUUAUUUACGAAGUUCUUGAGAAAUUGCACUUGAAAACUGCAGUGUCUAUUUUCCUUUAUUAAAUACACCCUAAUGUCUUCCUGUGACAUUUCAAAAACGUAAAAAAAAAGUUACCAGUGUGAUGUGUAUUUACAACAUAUUUCACCACUGCUUUACAGUACACAGCAGCUGUUAUGCUAUAAUGCACGCUGCUGGUGGGAAAGUACUCUAAAACAGUUUCUUUCUGUUGGCUUAGGGUUAGAACCAUUUCAGAUUUUUACUGCUCUUUGGACAUUAACAAAUAUUUGUCUUUACUUCCUCUCCCAGAGACACAAAAGGAAGUGAAAGCAAAUCUCCCCAAAGGGAAGGAAAAUCUCACUCAUGACAUCUGUUUUCAAAGCAUGGGAGAUUACCCUCUACUCCUCUGGUGUUGAGGAUAACAUUUUAGAUUUCUUUCAUUUUCUGUCCUUAUGACUAUUGUCAACAUUAAAAUGAGUGGGUGAAAUCUCUCCAAUGCAAGCAGCAAUAAAACCAAGGUUCUAACCCACCUCUAUUCUAUCUAGCACUAAAAGAGUGUUUGUUUUAAAGUGCUAUUAUCCUUUAAUGUGAAACUCCAGCAAAGUGCACUUAUCCCUUUUGCCCCUUUUUCCCCUGACCUAAUUUAACACACCCUUCCCAUCCCCAGAAACAUACUUACCAAGAUCUGACGGCCUCCGGUGUUUGUUUACAAUCAGUGCCACAAGUCUCACUGUCCUGGCAAUGCAAUCACAUUACAGCCGCUUCAACCUUCAACUGUCUACAGGAGGAUUAGACAAAUAAAAGACUCUAGUUAAGCCCAGGAUAACCAAUCCUACUCCUAGGCUGCCUUGUUUUGUUUUUUUUGCUAGUGUCCUAGGACUAAAGACAUGGUUUCUUCAGCUGUGCUGGGAAAAGACUAACCUAAUUUUACUGGUAUUCUGUUUACAUUUCCUCUAUAUUCUUUCAAGUGGACAGUUGUGCUCUGUCCGAUUCCAGCUUUGGGUGUAAGGUCCCUCAGGCAGCUCUUUGAGUGGCAGGUAGUCCCCAGUUGUUAUUAGGUUGGGCUUGUUGGCGUUUGCUGUGUUGCCUGUCCCUCAGUUAGACAGCUUUUGGCUGUCCUGAGGGUGAAAGUCUUCUGUGUUCAUCAAUAGAAGAGUACUCACUGUAAAAUCCUUGUGUUGUAGUUCAUUGAAGACACAGGUCCUGUUCCCCGGUGUUAAUUUUCAUGCUCUCAGUACUGCCUUGGUACAAAAGAGGGGCAUGGUGGGAGGGGUCAUGUUGGGCUGGUCUACAAUAUUUUUGUUUGCCAGUGUCCCAUACACUGUCCUUAUAAUCCAAAGAUGAAAGACUUCUUGGGUCCCUCAUUGAAAAGAGUUUUUCAGUGAGUACAUUAUUUUUCUUUCUUUUAUGUGAUUUCAAAUAUAAGAUCUUGCAGACUUUUCCUUUUUUUCUUUUUUGUGAUGUUUUAACUUGACAUUCAAAUGUUUUAUUGAUGCUGGAAUCUGAAAGUAAUGCUGGUUAUUGGACCUCUUACACUACACUGUAAAUUUAAACAU